GCCGCGCGGAGCACACCCCCGCCGCGCUGCCCCCAAACUUCAGCUGCAGCUCCAUUCCAAGCCCUUCCGAAUUGAUUCCUCCGGAAAAGGAGCGGAGCCGCGACGCGGGGAAGGAGCCCGCGGGGGAGUGAAAUAACCGCAGAGCGAGAAGCGCUCCGGAGAGCAGCCUCCCCAGAGCCCAGCUCGCUGGCCGGGAGCGCAGAAACCAACAAGUGAGAAGGCGGCGCGUCCCCGGGCGCAGCGGAGGACUGGGGGGCGGACGCCGGAGGAGGCGGAGAGCGCCCCGAGCCGGAGCCGGAGCCGGACCCCCGAGCCCGAGCGGCGGUCGCUGCAGCUGCUUUGCUCGGAUCCCUGUUCGCGGGCUGCGCCCCGGUGCUGGCCAAGAGGCUUCGUGGCGCUCGGGUUGCCAGCGGCGGCUCCCAGCCGGUCCUCGGGGAAUAUGCGGCGCGCUUGGAUCCUGCUCACCUUGGGCUUCGUGGCCUGCGUGUCGGCGGAGUCGAGGGCAGAGCUGACGUCUGAUAAAGACAUGUACCUGGACAACAGCUCCAUUGAAGACGCUUCCGGAGUGUAUCCUAUUGAUGAUGAUGACUAUGCUUCUGCAUCAGGCUCGGGAACGGAUGAGGACGUGGAGAGUCCCGAGCUGACAACAUCCCGACCGCUUGCAAAAAUCCCGUCCACUAGUGCUGCUCCCAAAGUGGAAACCACGACGCUGAAGAUGCAGAACAAGAUACCUGCUCAGACGAAGUCACCUGAAGAAAUUGAUAAGGAGGAAGUUCACCACCCUGACUCAGCAAGGAAAAGGGACCCAGAGGAAGAGGACACAAAUGUGUACACCGAGAAGCACCCAGACAAUCUGUUUAAAAGAACAGAAGUCCUGGCAGCCGUCAUCGCUGGCGGAGUGAUCGGCUUCCUCUUUGCCAUUUUCCUGAUCCUGCUGUUGGUGUAUCGCAUGAGAAAGAAGGAUGAGGGGAGCUACGACCUAGGAGAACGCAAACCAUCCAGCGCGGCUUACCAGAAGGCACCUACGAAGGAGUUUUAUGCGUGAAACUCCCACUGAGUGUCUCUAUUUAUGAGAUCACUGAACUUUAAAAAAAUAAAGCUUUUGCAUAGAAUAAUGAAGAUCUUUGUUUUUUUUGUUUUUGUUUUUGUUUUUCAUUAAAGAGCCAUUCUGGCACUUUAAUGAUAAAACCCCAUUGUAUUUAAAACUUUACAUGUAUUUUCUUUAGGACAACAUAAAGUUAAAACUUAACAUCUGCAGUGUUCUGUGAAUAGCAGUGGCAAAAUAUUGUUAUGGAAAUUCUCAAUGUUCAUGGAAUCGGUGUAAACUUCUAUGCGCAAAUGAUUGUUUUUCUUCAGUGGUUCGAAGAUGAACGCUGUUUCAUUUGUGUCAGCAUGUCUCCGAUGGACCUAGCCAAGUUGGUCUUACUUUGUUAAUUUAUCUGUUGUUCCCUUCUUCUCCCCGGCUCUCCCCUCGUGUCCCGUGAAAAACAAAACAAAACUCUAUGCCUUUUGUAGCUGUUACGGUGCAAUUUGUCUUUGGAUAAUUUAGAUGAGGGUAAUUUAGUGUAUAUGUGAUUUUCAAAUAUGUAAACUUUAACUUCCACUUUGUAUACCUUUUUUUUUUUUUAAGUGUCAGACUAUCCAUUUUACACUUUGUUUUUCAUUACCUGUAGCUUCAGGCAGAUUUGCAAGAGCAGAGUAAUGUGUAAAAUUGGAUUAUUACCAGAAAACUUUAGUCUUAUCGAAUCAGAUCUUCUUUUGGGGGGGAUUUGAUGUGAGUUACUGACAAGCCUCAGCAAACCCAAAGAUGCUAACAGUAUUUUGAGAAGUUGCUGCAGAUUCCUUUGGCCACUGUAUUUGUUAAUUUCUUGCAAUUUGAAGGUACGAGUAGGAGUUUGAGGAAAAAUCAGUUUUUGUUCUUAAAAAAUGCAUUUAAGUUGUAAGCGUCUUUUUAAGCCUUUGAAGUGCCUAUGAUUCUAUGUAACUUGUCACAGACUGGUGUUAAUGAGUAUAUAUAACAGUUAAAAAAAGUUGGUAUUUUAUAAGCACAGACAAUUCUAAUGGUAACUUUUUUGUAGACUUAUGAAUAGACAUAAAUUGUAAUUUGGGAACAUAAAAACUACUGAAUAAAUCAUGUGGCCUCAUAA